UACACAGGAAGAAGGAAGUGAGGUCUGAGGUGGUGGUCUGGAGUCGAGACACACUUAACACAUUAAAAGUGUACUGAAAGAAAUAUAGGCAACACAGCACAACACAUGAAUACAGCCAACCUGUUGAUGAAAAAGACAGAAAAGGAGUGACUGAGGAGUGAGAAUGACAAAGAAUAAAGGUGAAGCACGGAAGUUUGACCCUACCUUCAAAGGACCCAUCCACAACAGGGGCUGCACAGAUGUGUUCUGCUGUAUUCUCUUCAUCUUGGCCAUCCUGGGAUACUUUGCUGUGGGGAUCCUGGCCUGGUCUCAGGGGGACCCCAGGAAGGUUAUCUACCCGACUGACAGCAGAGGACAGUUCUGUGGCCAGGCCGGGACCCCCCUUGAGAAGAAACCUCUCCUGUUCUACUUCAACAUCCUGAAGUGUGCCAGUCCCCUGACCCUGCUGGAGUUCCAGUGCCCCACCACUCAGUUAUGUGUGGAAAGCUGUCCUACCAAACACAUGACGUUGCUGAAAGCCUACCUGAACAAAGGAGAGCAGGAGUACUACAAGCAGUUCUGCAAGGAAGGAGUGGACUUCUCCAAAAUGAGUGCUCCCGAGAUCCUGAGGGAUGGCCUGUGUCCUUCCAUGCUCAUGUCCAGCAAACCAUUCACUCGUCGGUGCCUUCCAGCUCUCAGUACCAUGAAAGGUGGUGUGGUUGUCGUUGGCAACGAGACUAUUUUUGACAACGGGGAGGGAGAGAAGGUGAACGCCACUGAUUUUCUGGACGCUUCAAAGAAGUCCAAUGUGGUUGUUGAGGCUCGCCAGGUAGCCAUGAGGAUCUUUGAGGACUACACUGUGUCCUGGUACUGGAUACUGAUUGGUCUGGUGAUAGCCAUGGUGGUCAGUCUCAUCUUCAUAAUCCUCCUGCGCUACCUGGCUGGGAUCAUGAUCUGGGUCAUGAUCGUCAUGGUGAUACUGGUCAUCGGCUAUGGGAUCUUCCAUUGUGCCAUGGAGUACCGCAGCCUGAAGGGAGAGCCGGGUUCUGACGUCACUAUCCGUGAUCUGGGACUGCAGACAGACUUCUCUGUUUACCUGCAGAUCAGACAGACCUGGCUGGCUUUCAUGAUCAUCCUGUCCAUCGUGGAGGUGGUUGUCAUCCUGCUGCUCAUCUUCCUCAGGAAGAGAGUCCUCAUCGCCAUCGCCCUCAUCAAGGAGGCCAGCAGGGCUGUUGGCCAUGUGAUGUCAUCACUGUUCUACCCACUGUUGACCUUUGCCCUGCUGGCCCUGGUCAUAGCCUACUGGGCCAUCACCGCUGUCUUCCUGUCCACCUCCAAUGAGCAGGUGUACAAAGUGUUCAACACCACUGAGUGCGAUUACUCCAGAAACACCUGCAAUCCCGAGACGUUCAACACCACCAACAUCACAGCCCAGUGCCCGGACGCCGAGUGCCUGUUUGCCUUCUACGGAGGCGAGACCUACUACCAUAAAUACCUCAUCCUGUUCCAGUUCUACAACGUGUUCCUCUUCUUCUGGUGUGCUAACUUUGUGACGGCGCUGGGUCAGGUGACCCUGGCUGGGGCCUUCGCAUCCUACUACUGGGCCUUCAAGAAGCCCGACGACAUCCCAGCCAACCCCAUCUGCUCCUCACUUGGUCGAGCCCUCAGAUACCAUACAGGCUCCCUUGCCUUCGGUUCCCUCAUCCUGUCUCUGGUUCAGGUCAUCAGGGUUCUGCUGGAAUACCUGGACCAGAAGCUGAAAGCUGCCCAGAAUCGCUUUGCCAAGUUCCUGCUCAGCUGCCUGAAGUGCUGCUUCUGGUGCCUGGAGAAAUUCAUCAAGUUCCUCAACAGAAACGCCUACAUCAUGGUGGCAAUAUAUGGUAAAAGCUUCUGUACCUCAGCCAGAGAUGCCUUCUUCCUCCUCAUGAGAAAUAUAAUCAGGGUGGCUGUCUUGGACAAGGUGACUGACUUCCUAUUGUUUUUGGGGAAGCUCCUCAUCGUUGGAAUUGUGGGAAUCUGUUCUUUCUUCUUCUUCUCUGGGAGGAUUAAGGCUGUGGAGCAGACUGCCCCCUCUCUCAACUACUACUGGGUUCCCAUUCUGACGGUGGUGGUGGGAUCCUACCUGAUUGCCCAUGGAUUCUUCAGUGUGUAUGCUAUGUGUGUGGACACACUCUUCCUCUGCUUCUUGGAAGACCUGGAACGCAAUGACGGAACUGCAGAGAGACCCUACUUCAUGUCUCAGAACCUUCUCACCAUUCUGAAGAAGUCCAACGAGGAUCAGGCCAAGACUGUAGACUAGCUGUUGGUGUGUGCGUGCGUACGUGUGAGGAGAACAGAGAAAGAUGCGGUCAAGCCACCUUGCCUGCGCAGUGUGCUGUGUGUGUCGAAUGUGCCUUAAGAUCAUGAUACUGUACGGCUACAGAAGGAUGCCAUCGUCACAAACGGAGAGGUCUGAAUGAGUAGCCAACAUAAUCCGUUGUGUUUCCCACAGAAGGUGUCUAUGACAGAGCUUAUAGUAUUUGGUUUUUUUAAAAGAUGUAAAUCUGUUCUUGUUUUAUUAUCAUUUUUGUUGUUGCUUUUUGUUGUGCCUUUUGUUUGGCUAGGCUGUUUUACUUUGGCUAGGCCGUUUUACUUUGGCUAGGCCGUUUUACUUUGGCUAGGCAGUUUUACUUUGGCUAGGCUGUUUUACUUUGGCUAGGCCGUUUUACUUUGGCUAGGCCGUUUUACUUUGGCUAGGCUGUUUUACUUUGGCUAGGCCGUUUUACUUUGGCUAGGCCGUUUUACUUUGGCUAGGCCGUUUUACUUUGGCUAGGCCGUUUUACUUUGGCUAGGCCGUUUUACUUUGGCUAGACUGUUUUACUUUGGCUAGGCCGUUUUACUUUGGCUAGGCCGUUUUACUUUGGCUAGGCCGUUUUACUUUGGCUAGGCCGUUUUACUUUGGCUAGGCCGUUUUACUUUGGCUUGACUGUUUUACUUUCUGCAGUCCUCUUGAAACUCUCUUUGAACAUACAAAACUUUGCUACCUUUUUGGGGUUUUGUGGCUGACUCUGUAUAAUGUGUUCAAUUUGAGCACACGUUUUACAUGAGAAUUCUCCAUGUUUUUGUCAGUUUUCUCAAAUGUAUAAUGAAUUACAUAGAUUUUCUCACGUUUAAUUUACAAAAAUGUUUUACUUAAAUGCUAAAUAAUUUUUGCAUCAGGUUUGUUAAUAAUAUUAUUUUUCACUAUUGCUGCUGUUGAUCUUUGUAUAAUGGCUGCAUAUUGCAGUGUAGAUUUACUGUAACUUACCAAAGUAAAGAAAACAUGUUCUAAUGCAGUAUUAGUUUUGGGACUGAAGGUUUGUUAAGGAGUCCAUGGGCCAGUGAAAAAUGUAGUCCACUUUGGAGUGGUAAAGGUUUAAUAGUCUCAUCUUAUUCCCCUAAUUCCUAUGAACAAAUAGAUAUGAUGCCCACUCCAAAAUAGUAGCUUUCCAAGCUUUUCACACCUUUAUAUGUCUUGUUGUUUGGGAAUCUAUGCAAUAGAAUGUUUGCAGGCUGAUAAAUACAUUUUAAGGCAAGUUGGACUGUUCACAUGCUCAUUGAAAAUGACUGUACCAAACAACAAUAGAACAUUCCAUUGGGUGGAUCUCAUCGUAAAAACAUGGUAUUUGGUACAUUUUUGCCAUCUCUUCGAAAUGAUUUACCUAGACUGACUCAUCGUUGAAACAACACUGUUACAAAUGGCGGAACUAGAUAUUUCUAUACUUCCCAUUCUGUCUUGAUAUACCCCAAAAUGCAAACUUUUAUGACCUUUGACCCCGAAAGAUUGGACCAUAGAGAUGUCAUUACCAUUCCAGUUUUUUCAUACCUUAAUAUGUUGUAUUAUGAAGUGAAUAACAUAGAAAAUUCAAUGUUUGAAAAGAUUGUUCCCCGAUAAUACAACAUUAUUUCAUACCAUCAAUCCUGUGGCACCAACUAACCACAUAGAGGUCAAAACAUAAAAUGCACACAUUUACCUACCUCAGAAUCAUGGGUAUCAUACCAACAUGUAACCUAAAUGAAAAUCCUCAUUAGACUUUGCCACCCCAAAGUAGACAAAUAUGUGAAAUUUGGCCUGCUGGCCCAUGGACUAUUUACUUAACCUCAAAUGCAAGCUUUUGUAUAUUUCAUUUUCAAGAGAAGGAUUGUGUUAACGUGUGUUUUUGGAGCAGGAUGUGUUGUAAAUAAUAAAGUUGUUUUUUUUUUACUGCUA